AUGGGAAGCAAGAACCCCAUCGAUAACACAUUUCUGGCCAUGCGCCCCUUUACUACUGCUUUUUUCGAGAAGAAGAAGGUCGCUGGUAAUGUAAUUCCAGCCAUGCAGCCUCCAGCUACAUCUUCUCUCAACAAGGACAAGAUUGUCAACAACGCAGCUCUCGUCAUGCGCCCAUCAGCCGCAGCCUUUUUCAAGAAGGAUAAGACUACCAAUCCUUUUCUCGUCGCUGCGGCUAAACACAAGCCUCAGCCGAUCGUCGAUCUCAAUGAAUUGACCGAGCAUCCGGCAAUUGCAAUCCUUGGCGACAAGGAAAUCACAAUCUACAUUGAGAUGUGUAAAAACAUGGAUACUGCACCCACUGAUAUGGUGGCUCUUCGCACCGCCUUGGCGGACUAUAAGACAAUCAAGAAAUUGUCCAUCAAGAUUCAUGCUCCAUGGCCUCAUAGUGAGUCCAAGGAGACCUACAACAUCCGCGUUAGCUCUAUGAAGAAGCUAUUCGCCAUUAUCGAUGGCUUCAAUUUGUAUAAGCUCAAAGUGACUAUGUCCGUUGAUAAGGUCAACUUUCCCCAGAUGAAGUUGGGCGCUGCGAUCCACGGAUUGCGAUUCAAAAAGUGGCAGUUGUUUUACCAAGUUUUCGAUGAGGUUAAUGAUAUUGAGAAGGACCCAAUCCAAAUCUUCCGCGGUAGCGAGUAUGAUUUGAGACUUCGUGGCGUCUGGAAGAAGGAGUUCCUGACCCAGGUUUAG